CUGCUGGAAGCUGAGACGGAAUGAGCGAGGAGAGGAUGGUUGCGGUGUGGGAGAAAUUCCAAACGAGGAGACGAGUAGGACGAGACCAGCUCAUCUGCCUGUUGACUUGCUACACAUGCACCACCUUCACAAGGACCUGAACUCUCUCUGAAGUCCUGCACCAUGACAGUCAUCCGCCAAACAGGUGUCCUCCAGCUGACCCCAGACAGGAGCUCUUGCUAAGGAAGGCCCGAGCCUCUCGCUCUCUGUCAUUCUCUGUGGGCGGACUCUACACACGCACAGCAUCAUGGGAAGUUCCCCCGAGGUAUUGUCCUGGACCUCCUGCCCAAGCUUAUUGGUGGGGAAGCUGAAGGAGGAGCUGAAGUUGACUGUUGUGGGUGACGCCAUGAAAAAGAACAAUUCCAACACCUCUCCCCAGCCGGCUCCUCCCCCAAACCCUUCCCCUCCCCCUCAGCGGGUCGUCCCAGACCCGGCGCCCCCGGCACAGCCCGCCGCGCCCCCCCAGCACCUGCAGCCCCCCCGGCAGGACGAGGAGUCGGCCCUGGGGGGCAGCAGCUCGCCCGUCACGGCGCUGAGCGAGGACUCCUCCCGGGAGCUGCGGCACUUCGACAACAGCGUGCUGCAGCUGCAGGAACAGGAGGAGGCGGAGUCUCCAGCGGGGUGUGGCAGCGGGGACGAGGACGGGCGGGGCGAGGAGGACUGCCCCGCCGCCGAGCGGGGCGGGGGCGGCCCCCCCCGCGGCCACCCCCACGACGACAUCAAGCUGCACUUCCAGAGGGCUGGACAGGGCGGCGGCUUCCUGGAGGGGCUGCUGGGAUGCCUGAGGCCCGUGUGGAACAUCAUCGGGAAGACCUACUCCACCGACUACAAGCUGCAGCAGCAGGACCAAUGGGAGGUCCCGUUCGAGGAGAUCUCAGAGCUGCAGUGGCUGGGGAGCGGGGCGCAAGGCGCCGUCUUCCUGGGCAAGUUCCACUCUGAGGAGGUGGCCAUCAAAAAGGUCAGAGAGCAGAAGGAGACGGACAUCAAGCACCUGCGCAAACUCAGGCACCCCAACAUCAUCGGCUUCAAGGGUGUGUGCACCCAGGCCCCGUGCUACUGCAUCAUCAUGGAAUACUGCGCCCAGGGCCAGCUGUACGAGGUGCUGAGGGCGGGACGCAAGAUCACCCCCCGCCUGCUGGUGGACUGGGCCUCAGGCAUCGCCAGCGGCAUGAACUACCUGCACCUCCACAAGAUCAUCCACCGCGACCUCAAAUCCCCCAACGUGUUGGUCACUCACAACGACUAUGUGAAAAUCUCGGACUUCGGGACGUCCAAGGAGCUCAGCGACAAGAGCACCAAGAUGUCGUUUGCGGGGACGGUGGCCUGGAUGGCCCCUGAAGUGAUCCGGAACGAGCCUGUAUCCGAAAAGGUGGACAUCUGGUCCUUCGGUGUGGUGCUGUGGGAGCUGCUGACGGGAGAGAUCCCCUAUAAAGACGUGGACUCCUCCGCCAUCAUCUGGGGCGUGGGCAGCAACAGCCUGCACCUGCCCGUGCCCUCCACCUGCCCCGACGGCUUCAAGAUCCUCAUGAAGCAGACAUGGCAGGGGAAGCCCAGGAACAGGCCCUCCUUCCGGCAGAUUCUGCUGCACUUGGACAUCGCCUCGGCCGAUGUGUUGGGCACCCCGCAGGAGACAUACUUUAAGUCCCAGGCGGAGUGGAGGGAGGAAGUGAAGAAGCACUUUGAGAAGAUAAAAAGCGAGGGCACCUGCAUCCACCGGCUGGACGAGGAGCUGAUCCGCCGGCGGAGAGACGAGCUCAGGCAUGCCUUGGACAUCCGGGAGCACUACGAGCGGAAGCUGGAGAGAGCCAACAACCUGUACAUGGAGCUGAGCGCCAUCAUGCUGCAGCUGGAGGUUCGAGAGAAGGAGCUCAUGAAGAGAGAGCAGGCGGUGGAGAAGAAGUAUCCUGGGACGUACAAGCGGCAUCUGGUGCGGCCCAUCGUCAGGCCCAAUGCUGUGGAGAAGCUCAUCAGGAAGAAGGGCAGCGUUUCCCACAAGCCCACAGUGCAAGCGCCGAAAAGACCGGACCUGCUCCGCUCUGACGGGAUCCCCAGCAUGGAGGUUCUCCCCUCACCCUCGCCCCUCUCCGGGAGCCCCAAAGUGUCCACACCCCCCGGGAAAGUCCGGUACCGCAGCAAGCCGCGGCACCGGCGCACCAACAGCAAGGGCAGCCACAGCGAUUUCCCAGGAGUCCUCAGGAGCGCAGUGGGGGCCGAGGAGGAGCAGCCUCACUCCCGACACCCCCACCCCCACCACCACCACCACCACCCUCAUCCACCAGAGGGCGCCCUCCUCCCACUGCAGGGCCGCGAGAAUGCCGUCGCCAACUGCGCCAACAACCUGCGCUACUUCGGCCCCGCCGCCGCCCUGCGCAGCCCGCAGACCGACCACCUGCAGCGCCGCCUCUCAGGCCCCGGACCCGACCUCAUCUCCACGACGGCGGAGGCCGACUCGCGCCGCCGCGGCUCCCCCGGGGCCCAGGGCCCCGAGCUGCGCUGCUCCUGCCGCCACGCCCACCCCUUCCCCGGCUGCCCGCGUUGCCAGGAGACGGGCCCCGCCCCCAGCCACCCCGAGCUGCCCCAGUACUCCCUGCUGAGCACAUGCGAGCCCCUGCCGCCGGUUCCCUGCGCCCCCACCCCCGCCCCGGGGAAGGACGCCCUGGACAAGGGGGUGCAGCAGGAGGAGUUUCCUGGCAACCACCUGCCCAAAGGGCUGCCCCACACCAACCGACCGCUCAUGAAGGUCGGUGAUGAGUCAUCGGAGGAGGAAGAGGGGGAGGUGGACAGCGAGGUGGAGUUUCCACGGAGACAGAGACCUCACCGCUGCAUGAGCAGCUUCCAGUCCUACUCCACCUUCAGCUCGGAGAACCUGUCAGGGUCGGACGGGGAGGAGGGGAACACCAGCGACCACUCGCACAGCGGGCCCCUGGACCGUCUGAGCGGCAGCCAGGAGGGCCGUCUGGAUGAGCUGCUGUCCCACACGCCCGACCUCCCCAUCGACAUCUCCACCCAGUCCGACGGGCUCUCUGACAAGGAGUGCGCCGUGCGCCGCGUCAAGACCCAGAUCUCCCUGGGGAAGCUGUGCGCCGAGGAGCACAGCUAUGAGAACCCGCUACGCUUCGGAGAGCUGGACUGCGAUUCCUCCGAGGCUGAGUGUUCGGACAGCACCCUACGAAACAACAAAGCCUGCGGCCCCUCCUCCUGGUGAACCCCCCACUCCG